GGAGAGAAUCACAUCACCAGUAACGGGAAACUAGAAGUUGAGCACAUGAUUAGCAAGAAACUACAACUCAAGAGAAAGGCUGAGUACCUGAAGAGCGACCUGAUGCGUCAGUUUGACAGCCAGGUCAAUGAAUUCAUUGACAGUCUGAUCGAGGAGUCGGCAUGUUUGGAGCCUGCUCCCAUACCUGCUGUCUUUUCUCCUCCGCUGUCAGACAAGGAAAGGAGCAAAUUCAAGCAUCGUCGACCAUCCCAGGGCCAAGGCAAGCAGUUUGUCAGCCGCAGGUCCCUCUUGGAUGAGCUGUUUCAAGUGAACCACAUCAGGACCAUCUACCACAUGUUCAUAGCCCUGCUCAUUCUCUUCAUCCUCAGCACACUGGUGGUAGACUUCAUUGAUGAAGGCAGACUGGUGCUAGACUUUGACUUGUUGGUCUAUGCAUUCGGGCAGUUCCCCCUGGUGGUGUGCACAUGGAUUUGCAUGUUUUUGUCUGCAUUGCUGGUUCCCUACACACUGUUCCAGUUGUGGGCACAGAGCCAGUUUAAUUCCUCCAGCCACCCCAAGCUGUGGAGCCUGCUGUUCGUCUCGGCAUUUGUGCUCUAUCAAGGUCUUGGUCUGGGAUUCCUGCCCACCUAUGUGGUGGUCAGCAACAACUUGCCACCUGCAUCCUGCUUCGUCAUCAUACUGGAACAGGUGCGUCUGAUGAUGAAAGCCCACUCCUAUGUCAGAGAGAAUGUCCCGAGAGUGUUGUCCUGGGCUAAAGAUAAGGCCAGUCCAUCUCUGGUCAUUCCUCAGGUUUCUCAGUAUCUCUACUUCCUGUUUGCACCCACUCUCAUUUACAGAGACAAGUACCCCAGGAAUCCGGUAAUCAGGUGGGGCUAUGUGGCCACAAAAUUGAUGCAGGUGCUUGGCUGUCUGUUCUAUGCCUAUUAUGUAUUUGUGAGGCUGUGCAUCCCUCAGUUCCGCAGUAUCAGGCUACAACUGUGUGACCUGAGGGCCAUGGUCCUUUGUGUCUUCAACUCCAUCCUGCCAGGAGUACUGGUUCUCUUCCUGGCAUUCUUUGCCUUCCUUCACUGUUGGCUCAAUGCAUUCGCUGAGAUGCUUCGCUUUGCUGAUCGGAUGUUUUACAAGGACUGGUGGAAUUCAACCUCUUUUGCCAACUACUAUCGCACUUGGAACGUAGUUGUCCAUGAUUGGCUGUUUUACUAUGUGUACCAGGACUUCCUGUGGAUGUCUCGGCAGCGUUUCCGAGCAGCAGCCAUGUUACUUGUGUUCACGGUGUCUGCAGUGGUCCAUGAGUACAUCUUAGCAGUCUGCUUUGGCUUCUUCUACCCUGUCCUCUUCUGUCUCUUCAUGUGCUUCGGAAUGAUGUUUAAUUUCAUCCUUCACGACCAGAGGAAAGGUCCCAUCUGGAACAUAAUCAUGUGGACAUCCCUCUUCCUGGGUCAGGGGGUGAUCAUCUGUCUGUACUCCCAGGAGUGGUAUGCCCAGAGCUACUGCCCCCUCAAGGAGCCUUCCUUUGUAGAGUUGUUGAAACCUCGCUCUUGGAGCUGUCACCGCCAUAGAGACCCAGUGGCAGACUCUGAUGGGCUAUGA